AUGAGGUACUCACAAAUAGAGCGGGAGUGCCUUAGUGCAACAUAUGCAUGUGAACGAAACCGACUGUACUUAUUCGGACGACCUUUCACAAUUAUCAAUGACAACAAAUCAUUAGUGACCAUCUUAAAUAACCCCAAAGCGAAACCACCUGCACGAAACGAACGAAUGGUCUUACGUCUACAAGAAUACACCUUCAACGCCGAAUAUGUUACUUCACAAGACAAUAUAUCUGACUAUUUAAGUAGACAUCCGGGACGUAUGUCAAUCGACUUAACAAACUACAUCGAAGAACACGUUAACUUUAUUGCCACAAACGCUAGCCCAAUCGCAAUUACAUUGGAAGAAAUCAAAAUCGCCACAGGAGCCGACCCUUUCUUACAGAAAGUCAUACAUCAUACCAAUGGUCGCUCCUGGUACAAACUAGACCAAAUGUUGGAUACUGAAGAUGCACGAUCGCUGAAACAAUACAGGAAAAUCAAAGAUACACUGACUGUCAACUCAGAGCAGAGAUUGAUCCUUAAAGACAAUCGCAUAGUGUUACCAAGAUGUUACCAGAACCUUGCCAUUAAACUUGCACAUCAAGGUCACCGGGGCUUAUCAAAGACCAAAGCCCUACUGCGUAGGAAAAUAUUUUUCUUUGGCAUGGGCAGCCUAGUAGCCCAGAAAAUAGAUUGUUGUAUACCUUGA